AUGGGUUUCUCAGCCCGUUUUCUCCGCGUCCCGCGGCCAGAGACCUUCCUCUACGUGAUGAGCCUGGAGACGGGCGCUUCGUUGAUCACACUGUCCCUGCUACUUAACAAAAUCAGUGGUCUCUAUGGCCUGCUCGCUUUAUUGACCGGCUACGACCUGUCGCCAGUUCAACUAUCGAUGUACCUGUACUCGCUUGUCGCCCUCGGACUCACAGCCUAUCUCUUCCCACACAUCCGGAAACAAUCUCCUCUACAAUGCCUUGGCCUUGCAUGGCUCUACCUCUUCGACACGAUUAUCAACGCUGCGUACACUGCGGCUUUCGGUGUGACGUGGUUUCUCGUCAUCUCACAGAACUAUGAGGGCGGAAAAGUGAAGGGUCCGGGCAGCGAGACUAUCGCUCAGACUGCGGGCUUCACUAGCCCCCAGUAUGGCUCCUCAACCCAAGAAAGACCUACUCGACGAUCGGAUGGCCUCAGUAACGCUGUCACGCAACCGGAGAGUUUCCAGAGCAUUGUCUUGGUGUGCUCGCUUUGGAUUGUACGCUUCUACUUCAUCUUCAUCAUGUUCGCCUUUGCCCGCCAGGCUCUCCGUCUCUACGUCGCCAUCCCCCGUCACACUCAACUUCCCACUCAUAGCCGCAAUACCUCUAUCGCCAGCGUCGCCAGCAUCGCCGACAUCGAUCGGGAGCCAUUUUCGUCAUAUAGCCCUGAUGGUCAGGGCUGGCAAGGAAAGCUUGGCCGCGCCAUGAUCAGCGUCGGUCGCGGUUACUGGCUGGGCGACGACGAGGACGGCAAUUGGGUUGACACCAUGGGCCGCAAGUUCCGGUCACGCGGCGAUAACAUGGAGCUUCCUGGUCCCUUGGAGCGUGAAAGAAGGCGCCGUUCCGGCACUGGGCCUCCGCAGCCUUCUCAGGCCGCAGUCCAGGCCGCUGCACUGCAACAGCCGCUUCCCGAAGGCAUGAAUCUGAAGAUGCACGACUGGAAUGAGCCUCGUUGA